AUGUUGCAGAUGUACCGCCUACCAAAUGCUGUUCGCUCUGUAGCCCUUCGCAAAACUCAACAAAUCAAUGAAAUUCAGCGUUGGUAUGCCAAAGAUGUCAGGUUUGGAUCCGAAGUUAGAGCUCUCAUGCUUCAAGGGGUUGAUAUCCUUGCUGAUGCUGUGGCUGUAACUAUGGGUCCAAAGGGACGUAAUGUCAUCAUUGAACAAUCAUGGGGCUCACCAAAAAUUACCAAAGAUGGUGUAACUGUAGCUAAAGGAGUUGAACUCAAAGAUAAGUUCCAGAAUAUUGGUGCUAGAUUGGUACAAGAUGUAGCUAACAAUACAAAUGAAGAAGCAGGAGAUGGAACUACUACAGCUACAGUUCUAGCUCGUUCAAUAGCUAAAGAAGGUUUUGAUAACCUUGGCAAAGGAGCUAACCCUGUUGAAAUCAGGAAAGGUAAAUCUUUCAGUGAAGCAUCCUAA